AGAGGUCAGUGAGCCUGGUGGAGAGCACACAGACUGCCUGAAAGAGAGCCAGAGAGCCAGAGUGAGAGACAGACAGAGAGACAGCAACCUGCGCCUCAGUACCAAAAUACGCACUCUGCGUUCCACCAGUGGAUUAUAAUACAGAUAAGGAGAAUCCCCACAGAAUUUACUCAAGGUGAGCAAUGAAGUUCCUACUGAUGACAGUGGCCCUUGGGCUCCUCCUCCUGGCAGAGGAUGGAAUGGGGAGACGCGCGUCACGGACGAGGAGAGAUCUGAACAGCUCCCUGCACAGGGGUGGGAUUCGGGACCCGUUCGGGUCUUACUGCGAGCGGAGAGGGGGCUGCUGUCCGGGACGGGAUGACCAGUGCACUGUCCCAUACCUGGACACCAUAUGCUACUGCGACCUGUUCUGCAACCGCACUGUUUCCGACUGCUGUCCCGACUUCUGGGGGCACUGUCUGGGUGUCCCACCUCCCCUCAUUGGUGGGUCUUGUGAGAGGAAUGGACAGAGGUUCCCCUCAGGAGCAACAUACAAAGAAAACUGCAAUUUGUGCGCGUGCGGUCCAGUGGGACGCUGGGAAUGUGAGCAGCAUGCCUGCCUGAUGGAGAAUGACAUGAUUCAGCAGAUCAACAGAGGGAACUAUGGAUGGCGGGCCGGGAACUACAGCCAGUUCUGGGGUAUGUCCCUGGAUCAGGGUUUGCGUUACCGCCUGGGGACCCAGCGGCCGUCCUGGACUGUGAUGAGCAUGAACGAAAUCCAGAUGAACAUGGACACUGCAGAACACCUUCCUUCGUACUUCAAUGCAGCUGAAAAGUGGCCUGGAAAGAUCCAUGAGCCGCUUGAUCAGGGAAAUUGUGCAGCAUCCUGGGCCUUCUCUACUGCAGCUGUUGCAUCAGAUCGCAUUUCCAUCCAAUCCAUGGGUCACAUGACCCCUCAGCUGUCUCCCCAGAACCUUAUUUCCUGUGACACACGUAACCAAGGGGGCUGUGCAGGGGGACGGAUCGAUGGGGCCUGGUGGUACCUGCGUCGCAGUGGGGUGGUGACAGAGGAGUGCUACCCCUUCACCCCGCCCCAGCACACCCCCACUGAGGUGGGCCAAUGCAUGAUGCAGAGCCGCUCUGUGGGACGGGGGAAGAGGCAGGCCACAGCUCACUGUCCCAACAGCCACAGUUACCACAACGAAAUCUACCAGUCCACCCCGCCCUACAGGCUGUCAUCGAAUGAGAAGGAGAUCAUGAAGGAGAUCAUGGAUAAUGGCCCUGUGCAAGCUAUCCUGGAAGUCCACGAGGAUUUCUUCAUCUAUCAGAGCGGCAUCUACCGGCACACGGACGUCAACGUCCACAAGCCCCAGCAGUACCGCAAACACGGCACCCAUUCCGUCAGGAUCACCGGAUGGGGAGAGGAGAGAGACUAUACUGGUCAAACACAGAAGUACUGGAUUGCUGCCAACUCCUGGGGAAAGAACUGGGGAGAAAAUGGCUACUUCCGCAUCGCCCGUGGGAAGAACGAGUGUCAGAUUGAGGCCUUCGUCAUCGGAGUGUGGGGCAGGGUCACCAUGGAGGACAUGCAGAGCCACCACAAUCGCCACCACAAUCACCACCACCACCACCACAACAAGCGCAAGUAGAGACGCACCUUCGGCCCUCCCUGCCAACCCUCCUCCUCCUCCAAGGGACCCAUGUACAUCGCAGACUUCCGCUCUCAGAUGCCAAAACCUCUGCCAGCCACAUGGGAGCGUAACUACUGCCCCCCUAACUGGCUUCCUGAACAGCAAACACAUCAGGCCUCACUUCCAAAGCUCGCACCCCAAAGUCUCCCAGGCUUUUGUCCGGUCUAAUUUUCUUUUCUGUGUGUGUGCGCGCGCGUGUCCCGCUGUCUGGAUGACGAUGGACAGACAAGCUUGAUCUGAACUGGUUUCUUCUCUGGUGGAGAUGAGCAGAUCUCUCACUCUGCUACUUUUCAUUCCUUGUCUAUAAUUCUCAGUGACCAACUCCCAGCAGACAGGCUGGGGUGAAAAAAACAGCAAGCACCUUAUGUAGUAUGUAGGCUAGUGAGCCUCAUUCCUUUGGAACUGUUAGACAGAAAAUAACACUUGCUCUACUAUUCAGUUUUUUUUUUCUUUACCACUUGAGGACCUAACGCUCACUCAGUUCCUAUUACUAAAUGACUCACUUCCUGUCCCUGUUUGUAGCAUUUCUGAACAGUCGAUGACAUAUCGAAACGCAGCACUCCAGACAUUCACACAGAUGGGCAGAACCACAGGCUGGAAGAAGGGGGAGGGACUGGGGAUGGGGUGGCUAUGGGGAUAGGCUGGCUAUGGGGAUAGGCUUCAGUUUAGGCCAAUGGUAAAAACAAAAGAAAACCCUUUACGUUCAAAGACUGUGGUGGAUGUAUGUCAGUCCUGCACACCCAUCGUCUUUGGAUAAUUCUGCUUAAUAGGUGGGGUUUGCCAAACUUUAAAGCAGUGCUAUGUCUGACUUGUCUUGCCUCUUUUAUGUAUCUGAAAGUUACAAAUCAAAGUAUAGGGCAGACAAUGACAAGACCAGAGCAAAACCUCAGGCUGGUGAACUUAUCUCCCACAAUGUGCAUGGGCCACCCUCUACCAAAUAAUCACAUGACGACAGAGAGUUUCAGCAUUUUGACAUUUGAGAAGAUUUUCCCAGCAUUGCAUCGUAUUCAGUAACCCCUCUUUAGAAAUCCUCUUUAAUACAUGUAAACACAAAACAGAAAGCAGCUGUUUCUGUUGAAUCAUUGGAGCAGGUGAGGAGAUUCAAAGCCCUGAUCCUUGAGAACUCCAGAAUCAGGGUCAUUUUAUUUGAUUCCCCUCACAUAAUCUUUGGGGGAAAAACAAAACAUUUAGAAAAAUGCAAAUCGUAUAUUGGGUUAUCGUUUAUGGUUUCAGUUCUGUUGCUUUUCAUUAGCAGUUAUGUUCCCCUGUCCAACCAUACACAGAGGAUUACUGAAAUGUUUUAGUUUUAUUUUUUAUAAACAUGCAUAAUUGACGAGUUCUUGAGAUACUAAGUAACGAUAUCUAGAAAUUCAUCAAUUUAACAAUCUGACUUUCUGGGUGUUUAUUUUCAUUUAUUUAUAGAUUUAAAUAAGAGUUGUGACAAACCACACCAUUCAGCCUUUCCAGAUGAAGGGCUGGUCAGUUUUGUAGUCUUAAUCUAUUUUAUUCUGUGUUUUGUCUGGUGUCAUUCUUGUUGCUGUUAUUGCUAUUAUUUGAUUAACUACUGUAAGAGACUCACAGCUUUGCUCCAUAAGGAAUGGCUUCAGCCCCUCCCACCCUUCCUUCCUGCUCAGCUUUGAAGGUGCUUAUACUCUGAAAAGAAGAAAUCAAAGCAACAGGGUUUGAAGGAGGCGGGUGUGGGAGGGCGGGGUUGUUUCUGCCAAAGUCUGUUCGGCGCAGUCUCAUUGUAGAUGAAUUCAACCCAUUCAACCCAGUGCUCUAGUUGAUAAGCCAUUGAAAUAUUGCGCAUGCAAGUUUCAAUGGCUGACCAUUUCAAAGCCAAAAACAGCUCAUGAAAUCACUAUUGCAUGUCUUCAGGGAGGGGGUUGGCCAUUGAUUUACUUGGGCUAGAAACCAAUCCAAUGCGAUCCGGUGGAAUUUGAGUUUCCAGAUUUGAGUAUGGGAAUCACUGGAUGGGACUGAGGCUUGUCAAUAUAUUUCUGCAUUGAACUGACUUUUUAUUUCUGAGCUGCGCUUUAAAAGAAAUUUCCCAUACCAAUGAAUAUGUGCCCAUAACCAUGCUUACAUUUGAGAUUGUGCCUUUUUCACUGUUGUGCUGUUGGUGGACGUUGCUUCCCUGAUAAUCCAUUCAGACAGUUAAUUUGCAGUUUAGCUUUGAAUGGUUUCACAUGCACCUCUGGGUGUAGCUUUAGGUGAUCUAUAAUGCCUGCUUCCCUACCUAACAUGCAUGGAAAGCUCUCAGAACCUCGCAGAGAUGCUGAAGCAGCUUGAGAAUAUUAUGUACUCUUCGUGGUUCACCGGAGGUCCGCUUCCAUUCACACUCCCCCAUGAGCGAAGAGCGUUGUCAUUACUUCCCGUCUCACUCACUUCCAUGAAAGGCACCAUCCCGGCGCUCAAACAAACGCGAAACGUGUGGUGCCGGGUCGAGGCGGAGAGAUAAACAGACCUCACACCGCAUCCAUGCAGACGUAACUUUGCUUUUCCCGUUCAAAUGAAGCGGAGAGGGAGACGAAGAUGAUCAAAGCCGAGAGGGGCUGGCAAGAGAUGCACUCUGGGUAAAUGAGGCGUGACCGGGGAGAGCGGAGGGGGAAGUGAGACACUGGGGUCACGUGACCCCCCUUGAGCAUAAGCACAGCUGUUUGCUUUUUAGGGAUGGGGGGUGAAAAAGUACAAACUAAACAAUAACAUCUGCCUAGCCAUGAUGAAGUCAUCUUAUUGUGUGGAGUCCCUCACAUCAGCAAUAAAUGCUUUCUGUCAUCAGUGAUCACAUGACUCUCAUUUGACUGAGUGAUGGGUUUUGUAAAACUUACCUGUAAGCUGCAAUAAAUCAUAUUGGCACAUAAAAGGCAUAUUGCUGAUGUGUGUACGAUCUGUAAUCUGUAAACCUUUCUAAGCUUUUUUGUAUUUUUAUGUUUCCAGCAUUAUAAAUUAAUGACUCAUUCACAAAUUCUAAAACUAUUUAGUGCUUUUCAAAGUCUUCAAUAAUAAGAAGGGCAUUUUAAUUUGAUUCAUCUAUGAAUAUGCAGCUAAGAAAGUAGUAGCUAAAUAGCAACAGUGGUUCCCCCUGGAAUCAAAAUGGUUUACGUUCAGUAAGUUACUGGCAACAAACAUGGAUUGAGAUGCAUUUCCCUCUCCAUUUGCUUAGAAAUUCUGUGUUAACAUUGAUAGUAAGCAUAGGCGAUGACCAAUUUUUAUUUAUUUUUUUAAAUGUACAACAACCAUUAUAAGCUAUGAUCAAUGUUAUGAAAGCUUAAAUUUGUGCUCACUAGCACUAAAUCCAAGCUAUUUCAGUUUAAAAAACAAUAUUACCAAUUAGUUGAGCUGGGUCCUAUCCAGAAACACCAUGAACCUAUUACAUUUAAUUCUGUUUAAGUCGGUGAGCCCAUUUUCUCAUCUAAUCAUCCAGCAGCUGUUUCCUUAUAUGGAUAAUUUGAGAAUAGAUUACUUGGAUCAAUGAAGUUAGUUUAACAAACUGGAUCCAAGUCAUGUGUAGGAAAUGGGGUUGAACUUGACCAAACCUGGGAAAAUGCAGUCUCGUGUGCUCCUGAAAAUUAGGAUUCAUAUGGGACCUCCCUAAAUACCUUUCUGCAAUGCUGUGGGUUCAUUACUGCCACCGUUGGUAGGUAGUCCUAAUGUGAUUGAGAUAGAGUAGUAAUAAUCCUUCCUGGUUAUCGUCCUUGAAAAAUACUGGUUAUUGAACCAAAUGAUUUCUUUGAAUUACCUAUGAUUGAGCUGCUAACUGAAAAGUUAUUUGUACCUUCAAUCGGUCCUGUGUCUAACAAACAUGCUGGAAGUUUCUGUGUUAAAACAAAGUAAGUUAAAAGCUUACCAAAGUUAAGGGGUUAAUUUAACAUGUUUGUUUCUUGUUAGUUCCACCAGCUCUUCCAAAUGACUGGUAAAGCCAGACUGUUAAUUUCAUUGCUAAUAGUGUUCAGUUUAAUUAACACCAAUAUUAAUUUGCCUGUGUCAUUCUGUCAGUCUUAACAGCCACUCCGCAACACCUCUAUUUCACAGAGGACUAUAAGCAGAUACCAGACAGGUGAUGAUGCAGAUGAGCACAUCUAAACCAAAACAUCUAUAAAAACCCAGUAGAAAGAGUACCCCUGGAAUCAAGAUUGAGUAACCAUGUUGUUAGGGGAUACAAUGGGCCUCAGCAGACUAUGCUGGGAGUGGGUGGUAUUGCCCUGAUGAUCCGCUCACACGGAUUGGUUGAGUUCUUGUACUCAGUGGUGUAGCUGUCUUUUGACAGAAGUGCAAAUGCAUAGAAACACCUUCAAAGCCUUUGUUGGUGGGAUUUCACCAUUGAACGGAUAUUUCCUUGUCAAUUUAAGACUUGGAAGGCUGUCGUGUUCCCUCUUUUCAUGCCACAUGUAUUGCCGUGUAUUAUCAUAAUGUGUACACUGAAUGCAAAACCACAGCAGUGUUCUUCCAUGUCUCACAAUAAAAAAAAUGCUUUUCAA